AUGUAUCAUUCGAGCGAGGCAGAUAUUCUGUCGCUUGCCUAUGAUUGUCUCUAUGCUGUUUGGGACGUGGAUGGAAAGUUAACCACUGGCGCGCCCUACAUUCACAAUUACUAUCUCAUUCCCUACUGUCGAAGACCAGAUCGACAUCAACAACAAUCGACACAUGCGAGAAAUCAACAUUCUGCAGUAGAAUUCAUACAAAAUGGAGUUACUGCCGAACAUCUACUCAGUUGGUCCUUACCAGUUGACAUUGCCGAAGAAUACCAGAUCAACAAUGUAAGCCUUGUCUACAACUGCACAUUACCAUGGUUUGGCAGCGAAUGUCAAUACAAGUUUCCAUAUGAUCCAUCGAUCACAUUCAGUGAGAUUGUUCAUGAGUCGUUUGAUCAGCGAUCAAGUUCAUUCUCAAACACUGGAGUAUGUUAUGGCUUUAUUGAAAGCUGCAACAAUGAAUCGUGGCCCCUAUGCUUGGAUUGGCGUGAAGUUUGUGAUGGAAAAGUCGAUUGUCUUGAUGGUGAAGACGAACGAGGAUGUGAAGAGCUAGAAUGGAAUGAGUGCAAUGAAAAUGAAUAUCGAUGUCAUAAUGGUCAAUGUAUUCCGAUGGAGUUUGCCUGGGAAAGUCUUAGUAGUGUGGAUUGUUUAGAUGGAAGUGAUGAACACGAGGAUGUUAAGCAAGGAUUCAAUUUGAAUCCAGUGUCAUACAAUCCCAAUUGUGUAAACUUGCCGAUAUUUCGAUGUGAAGAACGAACUCCACGAUAUCCUCGACAGUUUGUAUGUGGUGAUGGUCAAUACACUAACGGUGCAUAUAUACCGAACGAUAUCUACCGAUGUGACAGUUUCCGCGAUCAGAUCGCUGCACGACAAAUAUUCAAAUCGUUAGAUCAUAUCGAUGAUAAUGAUUGCCGAAAGGCAUUCGAUUGCGCACUUCAUCGAAAUCGAAGAUUUGACAUUAUAAUCACGAGCUUUGAUACACCCAUUCCACAAAACUCAACCAACAAAGAUUGCGAACCAUUGCAAAGCAAAUGCUCAUCACAAUGGUUAGUUUUGCCAAAGUAUCCACAUGAUUUUGGCUUUCUUCAGCUGAUCUACUUCACUAAUCGAUCGGUUGACGAAUUUAAACAAAACAUUCAACCUGAUCUUAUCUGCAUUGACAUUAAGAAGUGUCCUGUUUUGGAGAAUCGGAUGACUAUUACUGGAAUAAUCAAUGAAUCGAGAUGCAUGCACGCGUCUGAUUUAACCAUGAGCCAUCAAGUAUAUUACUUAAGAGAAUUACUAAAAAAUCUAGCCAGCAUUCUUCAAGGCUGUUCAACCGGAGGUAUUGAAGAUUCUUGUAACAGUUCGACUCACUUUCACUGUCCUCAAUCAAGAAAAUGUAUUGCAUAUCAUCGUGUUCAAGAUGGCUACAGAGAUUGCUAUUUUGGGGAAGAUGAAUCAUUUUCUGCCUGUUCAUUCAAUGACUCGCGCCGAUUCGAGUGUUCAGAGUGGGAGUCAAAAUGUUUGUCACCAGUUGUGAUUGGCAAUGGCAUUCUAGAUUGUCGAUCACACCGUAAUGAUGAUGAAAGUAUUUUUCACAAAAGAGAUUUUAACAAGACAAAACCUUAUUCAGCAUUCUGUCUUGGCUCAGCUGCACAACAAAUUUAUGAUAAAAGCGCAGACGCCAUGUAUUGUGAAUUAUGGCCAUGUGACAAUCCAUAUGUUCAUUGCGACGGGAUAUGGGACUGCCCAAAUGGCAUUGAUGAACUGAACUGUUCGUAUUCAAACUGUUCAGCGAAUGCGCACCAAUGUAUUAAUGAUCAAGCCAGAACAACUUACUGCGUGCCCCUAAGUCAAAUAGUGGAACAAAUUCAUAGUGAGUGUUCUAUAUAUGGCGAACGGUCAUUCUAUUUCAAUAAUGAAAGCAUUAUCAAUGAAAGUACAUAUUACUCAUGGAACACAACGAAAUGCAUUCGUACAACAAACAUUUGUCAAACUGGUUUUCAUUCAUCGGUGACAGAGAGGGGAGACAAAUGUUUAUAUGAGCCAUCUAUUCCAUAUUUGAUUAGCUCACAACCAUUGAUAUUAUUCAGUACACGGAGGAAAUUAUGCCGUUUAAGAAUCCAUCAAACAGUUUCUCGUCGACAUCUAUUUCAAACUACUUUUAGACUAGGUAGUUUCCCUGCCAUUAACUUACCAACAAGUAUCAGGCGUGCUUCCACAAUUAAUGGAAAGAAAAGGAAAUAUGUUCCAAUGAAUAUCACACAAACAUUGCUCUGCAAUCGAGGCAUCCUUGUUCUAUUCGGACAAAAUCAAACAACUACUUGUCUUUGUCCACCAAGCUACUUUGGAUCGCAAUGUCAAUGGCAAAGUCAACGAAUAAGCCUCACACUCCAGUUCAUCUCACCUUCAACCAUAUUCAUUUCGGCUAUUUUCCAAGUCAUUGCCAUCCUCAUCAACCAGCACAAUGAAAUCAUCGGCAACCACGAACACAUUCUCUUUGCACCCAUUCAACACUGUGGAACCAAAUUCCAUCUCUAUCUUUUGUAUCCACACCGACCCAAAUCUUCUUCGACAAACUAUUCUGUUCGCAUCGAUCUCUUCGACAAAGUCACGCUGAAACAUUGGACCAGCUGGCAUCUGCCGAUUCCCUUUCAGUUUCUUCCUGUCAACCGAAUAGCCGCUCAACUCUUCAUCCCAAAACAACCAUCAACAAAUAAGUCUUGUCCUCUACCAUGUGGUACACAUGGCCGAUGUGUGCAAUACGCAAACACCGAGUCGAAGCACUUCUGUCAAUGCCAUCGACACUAUUCGGGUCCAUUCUGCAACAUAUCACAAGCAUGUCAUUGUUCGAGUAGCUCAGUGUGUGUGGCAUCAAAUAUCUGCGUCUGUCCAUUGCAUCGAUUUGGACGGAUAUGUUAUCUCGAGCGAUCACUCUGUUCGUCGACGAACAGUCCAUGUCAAAAUGGAGGAUUGUGCAUUCCAGUGGAUGAUCGCAUCGAUCUACAUGGAUACUCAUGCCAUUGCAAAGAGCGGUAUUUUGGUCGCAACUGUGAGUAUCUCAGUUCUCGCAUCAAUCUGCAUUUGCAUGAAACGAUCGCUCGAACUUCUUCAUUCGUGUCUGCUCAUUUUAUCACCAUGCACGAGCAAGCCGAACAAGAAAGAAGGACAGUGUCGAAGAGAAUUCCAGUCGACACAAACACAGUGGUAUUUUACACCAACAGAGAAUUCCACCUUGUCUUUCUCCAACUACAGAAUCAAAGUUAUUACUUGGCCAUUGUUCGAGAACAGUUCGUUCCACUCGAAAACAUUGAUAAUCACAUCACCUCAAAACAACUUUGUCCACAUGUCAGACCCUUUCUGAACAUCACAUUUCUCGAGUAUAAAUCCGACGAUGACCGAAAAUUCUAUCCAUUUGUAUGUCGGCAAUAUCGAGAUCUUAUGUGUUUUCAAGACAGCACAUCAUUGUGUGUUUGCGAUCUCGAUCGAUUUGCAAAUUGUUUCACAUUCAAUCAUACAGUCGACAACUCUUGUCGAGGGCACAACGACUGUGAAAAUCAUGGGCAAUGUUUUCAAAACAACCACACAUGUCCAACAGUGUCAAUUUGUGUUUGUCAAGAUUGCUUCUAUGGUGGAAAAUGUCAAAUGUCAACGCAAGGAAAUCUUUUCUCACUUGAUCCGAUCAUCAGCUAUUACAUCAAACCCAAUAUUUCCUUUUCUUCUCAGCCUUUGAUCAUCAAAGUUACCAUGGUAAUUACACUAGCAAUCUUUCUCUUAGGUUUGAUCGAUGUUAUCCUAUCAAUACUAACAUUUCAUAUGAAAAACCCCAGAGAAGUGGGCUGUGGAUACUAUCUGUUAACAUCUUCGAUCAUUUCACUACUACUUAUCAUCACAUUAGUACUGAAAUUUCUACAUCUGAUUCUUUCACAGAUGGCAACAAUUGAGAACAGAGAUUAUAUCUUGCUUAGUUGCAAGUCUAUCGACAUGAUUCUCAAGUCAUUGUUAGUAUCGAAUGAGUGGCUCAUUGCUUGUGUUGCCAUCGAGAGAACAGUUAGCACAAUGACUGGCCCAAAAUUCAACAAAAAAGGAAGCAGACAACUAGCACCAUGGGUCAUUGCAGCCGUGAUUGUUUUCACGCUACUUUCACAUGUUCACGAUCCAUACUAUCGGCGGCUGAUCACCGAUGUGGAUGAGAAUGAUCAGAGAAUCUGGUGUUUUGCUGAUUACCCGCCGAUAGUUCAUACCUACAACUAUGUCAUCAACCUCGUUCACUUUCUUGGUCCUCUCAUCAUCAAUAUAAUCUCAGCGAUUAUGAUCAUCAUUUUAGUCACUCGAAGUCGAUCUCACGCCCAAAGAAACAAAUCGUUUGAUCAGCAUCUGAAAGAGCAAUUAUUUCGACACAAACAUUUAUUGAUAUCUCCACUAAUGUUAGUUGUGUUGGGCACACCUCGUCUAAUUCUGCUAUUUGUGAGUGGAUGUAUGAGAACACCUCGUGAUCCAUGGAUGUACGUUCUUGGAUAUUUUGUAUCAUUUGUACCUCCGAUUUUGACAUUCUCGACAUUUGUAUUGCCAUCUGCUAAUUACCGAAAAGAAUUUCAGAGUGCAAUUCGGAAACAGUUGAAUCGAUUUCGAUCAACAUUUCUAUCAGGACAUUAA